UUAGAUGUACUUUGUCCCAUUUACAUGUUAUUUAUUUAGAUUUGCCCGUUUGAUGCAGUUAUAGUAUAUAACAUUCAUUCUCCGGUUUAAACACAGCGGCCGUUCUCUCCUUUCAAAUAACCUCGCCCCCCUUUUUUUCAAACACAGCCGCACUGCGCAUGCGCAGAGCCGUGACGCGUCGACAAAGUGUCAAACAGAAGGAUGCAAAAAAGAAAAAGAGAGAAACUCUCCAGAUAAACUUCGCAAGCUGUUGAAUAGCGGUCCGCUGCGGUGGUUCGGAUAGCCGGUGCCCCUGGAAGCCGCUGUAGAAAGGGACUUUUACCAGUAAACGCUCCUCUUCGGUUGGAAUUUUGGAAAUCGGUUCAACACACUUCCGAACGGGCGACAUUGACCGUCGAGCUAACUUAGUUAGCGACCGUUAAGCUAACCGCAGUCGGUAACGUCAACGCAGUGCAGGCUGAGCGUAGCAUGGCGACCGGCUUAGCUAGCGCUAACAUGUAGGCUGGCCGGCGGGGGGCUGCAGCGGACACGUCGGACACACACUCGGGCUCGUCUCCUCGUUCGUCUCUCUUUUCCUCGGCGCUCAAGCGCAGUCGUUUCCAGCCGGGUAGCUGGCAGAAAGUCACCCCAGGGCGCAGGGGACAUGUCUCGGAGGCGGCUGGACAGUCGCAGCGGGCUCGCCGCGGGGCUGCUCGGGGAAAUACACACCCCGAUCAGCACGGAGCCGAUGGAGAGUGUGUACGACAUCGUCGGAGAGCUCGGGAGGGGGAAGUUCGCUGUGGUAAGGCGCUGCGUGGAGAAGGCCACGGGGAAGGUGUUCGCCGCCAAGUUCCUACGGAAGCGGAGGCGAGGCCGCGACUGCCGGGCAGAGGUCAUUCACGAGAUGGCCGUGCUGGAGACGGCCCGCAACAACGCCCGCGUGGUCAACCUGCACUCGGCGUACGAGACGGAUCACGACAUCGUCUUACUGCUGGAGUAUGCUGCUGGGGGAGAGAUAUUUGACCACUGCGUGUCUGAUGAGCUGCUGCCGGAGGCCCAGAUCACCCGUCUGAUCAGGCAGACGCUGGAGGGAGUCCACCAUCUGCACCAGAGCAACCUGGUGCACCUGGACCUGAAGCCCCAGAACAUCCUCCUGACCAGCCUGUCUCCUCCGGGAGACAUCAAGAUCGUGGACUUCGGCUUGGCUCGCCGACUGGGUGCGGCUGGAGAGCUCAGAGAGAUACUUGGCACUCCGGAGUAUGUGGCUCCUGAGAUCCUGAAUUAUGAGCCAAUCACGACAGCCACCGACCUGUGGAGUGUGGGUGUCAUCGCCUACAUGCUGGUGACGGGCGAGUCUCCGUUUGCUGGAGACGACAAGCAGGAGACGUACCUGAACGUGUCCCAGGUCAACGUGGACUACAGCAGGGAGGCCUUCUCCAGGGUGUCUGAGCUGGCCGUGGACUUUGUCCGCAAGCUGCUGGUCAAAACGCCAGAGGACCGGCCCAGCGCUGCUGAGUGCAUGAGUCACCCCUGGCUGUGGCAGCUCUGUCUGAGCCCCGAGCCGCCCCCCGCCACCCGCACCCCCCGCGAGAGGAGCUCCGGCACAAAGUGGGCUGCCCCACCCGAGGACCCCGAAGACAAGGAGAACUUCCUGGAGUCGCCCCACUCGCACGCCAAAAAGUCCCGCUUCGACGAGGAAAGGCCCGCCGCUGGAGACGGCGACUUUUGAAGAAGGGAAAAGGCAAAAGGAACACUGGGAGGGAAGUGUGAGGUCGGGGGGGCGCUUCUCCCCCGUGAGCUUUUAACUUAUUUUUUUAAACACCUCCAGAAAACCAGCCUGCACCACUCAAAAUCUGUAAUAUUUUACUAAUUUACUAAGUUCCAAGAUCAGACCAAAGAUAACCAGCUACAUUUUUUGAGUUAUCGCCAUCUCAAAGACUGCAGCACGUCUCAAGGAAUGCUGUGUGUUUAACCUGAAGUAUUUCAUUCCUCUCAUCGUGGAAGUCCCUGGUACUUUAUCUCCGUUAAUUAAUGAACUACGGUGGAGUAUAACUGGGGGAAUCUAUGCAAUCCCUUUCUUGUGCAUUUUGAAAUCGCUCCUCUUCACGUUGAAAGCGCUCUGCCUUCAGGCCGGAAGUGAAGUGUUCGAUGUGUGUGUGCGACGUGUUGAAGACAACUCUGGGCUCUCACUAUUCGGGUGACGGUUCAUAAAAACACGUCGUGUCGUAGUUCACAUCCAAGCAGCACACAACUUCUUACCCGUAAAGGAUCCGACUCGUUAGCGUCGAGAACCUUCCACUUUAACACCAGCAACAAAUCAUUGCCGCAUCUUUCUAUAGCGAGAAAAAUAAACCACGCACGCACUUACCCCAUGAUUUCCUCAGUGAGCUGCAGCUUCCUCUUUGUCCGCUGGAAGAAGAGAAGCUCCGCUCCAGCACUUACUCCAUACGUUGAAGUUGUGUAUGUUUGCGUGUCUUUCAGAGGUUCUGCGCCCUAAAGCCAUUCGGUGUCCUUUCAGUCACAUCUCAGGGCAUGCUGCUCGCUCUCUGCUCACUUUGUGUUCCAUUCUUAACGUUAUUCUUACAGGCUUUUUGUUAUUAUUAUUUAUGUGCUGGACCUUGUGUGUGUGUGUAAAUAAUAUGUCUUAUGAGGAAGUGCUGAUUGUGGUGGGAGACGGUGAUUACGGUGUUAUUUAAAACCAGCUGUUUUGGUCACAGUGUGAUGAAUAAUAAGUCGAAACGUCGGACUGCAGUGGAUUGAGAAGAGGGAAGAAGGAUGAGAUCGUCGUGGUACUGGGAAGUAAAGUCCGGUGGAAGAGGAGGAUUAAAUACAGGGGAUUUGUCCUGGAGGAAGUGUUGAUAUGUGUGUGCAUGGGAAGCGGUCCGAGGGACCAGGAAGUGGGAACGGUGGUUUCAGCGUUGUUUUAGAGUCGGAUGUGAUGGAAUAACUGCAUAAUGUGAAAAUACAAGGUGCUAUCGAUUGACAGGAUCUACCAACCUUUGUUCACUUGAAUGAUGGAAAAAAAAGGGAUUGCUCUUAACUUCCAGUGAAACGUUCCUGUUUGUUCCGAGGUGUCGCGCAUCGUCCCACCACUUUGUGUUUUUGUGUCCUUGUUGUUGUACAAUGGCGUCUGUGUGGCAGCAGGGCGCCUCCAGCCACGGCCAUGCUCUCAUCUCUAUGCUGUCAGCCUCAAACUGGAACAACACACUGUAAAAAGAUGUAUUCAUCUCAACAGGUCAUUUAUUAUCAGAGUUCUAUUAGAAGCCACUGGAGAUUAUGGGACUCGGUUAGUCCAAGCAGCUGGAAAGAACAUCUGUGUGCGAGUCGGGGGGAUUGUGAUCUCGCUUCUCUAAAAGGAAAUAAGGAUUUUCACAACUACUCUUUCUGAAACAUCGAACGGGUAUAAUCUCUUCAUACAGGAAGUUGUUUCUGGUUUCUCUCCAGCUCAGUUGUACAGAAACAAGUGUUGGUUCCUCUUUCCUGUCGUGUGUCUAAACCAGUUGAGACAUUUGAGUGAGAACACGGACGGGUUUUUCCGUGCGGUGAUGUCAGGGAUCUCUCUGCAGGCACAAAGCGCCUCGUGUUUGCCCCCCCCGUCUCGACUUGAACAUGACCUAUAUGCUGUGGUGUUGUAGUUGUACCAUGUCCGUUCCAGCGGUGUGUGUGUGUGCAUUGCUCAUUGGCUGGGGCAGGCGCUGCAGUCGGGCCUUUCUGCUCGACGCGGAGCGGUGCAGAGACAAAGGAAAGGAGCAGAAGUUUCAGAUGUAUGUUUAUUUUGUGUUUUAUAUUAUUUCCUUUAUUUUAUUUGUCAGCAUUCUGAUUGCAUUUGAAAUGACUAAAACAAAGACAUAAUCCUAAUUGUAUUCUGAUCAAUUGCAGGCUAAUAUGUAGACAUCAGCAGACGGAAAACGCUCAUUAAAGGUUGUAGAAAAUA